CUCUAUUCCUCAGAAUUCAACUAAAAUCUCUGAAAUCCAACAAGUAUGGGUUUCCCUGUUGGUUACACCGAUCUACACCUCCCCAAACUCUUUCUACACCUCCUAACCCUUCUGGGUCUCAUCCGUAAACUCAUCUCCUCCAUCUUCCGAUUCGUCGGUCUCGGCGCUUUCCUCGAACCUGAUAUCUCAACCGACCAGACCCGAAACGAACAUGUUACGCAUUUCCACUCAAUAUCCGCUGUCCUGAUUCGCGAGCUCCUCCCGGUUGUUAAGUUCUCGGAGCUAGUGGAUCCGCCGGAGAGCUGUGCAGUUUGUUUGUAUGAAUUUGAAGCCGGUGAUGAGAUCCGGCAGCUUAUCAAUUGCCGACAUAUAUUUCACCAGUGCUGUCUGGACCGUUGGAUGGAUCAUGAUCAGAAAACUUGUCCGCUUUGUCGGACAACGUUUGUACCUGAUGAUUUACAGGAUUCGAUUAAUGAACGAUUGUGGGCGGCUUCUGGUAUCGAAGAUUACUAUGGUGAUUCAUUGUUGGUUAGUAGCAGUUUGUGAUUAGUGUUAGAAGUUAAUUGAGUUUAAUUUUUGGGGAACUGGUUAGAGGUUAGAGAGUUGUAUAAUCAAUAAUGUAUAUUUUUUGUGCAGUAAAAAAGAAAGAAAGAAAAUGUUGUAUAGACCAAACAAUGCAUAGAGUUAAGUUAUAUUCUG